ACAUCAUCGUAAAUAUCGUAUGGUGAAAACGCUAUUGAAAAAUUGGUUCUAUGAAAAGCGGUUUCUUUAAUCAAUUCGUAAUUUGUUUCUCGAAUCGAUAUGGUGUACAUGAGAAGUGAGAAGCCAUCGCGCUAAUCACGGAACGAUCACAUAUUUUCCAAAAAAUACAGUAUAGUUUCUGCUCCAUAGUUCUUUAUAUUUACGAAUAAUCUACGAAGCGAGCAAAAUGAGCAAGAUGUCACGUUAUCCCUCCGAUGGCAAAGUCUAUGUGGGAGAUUUGGGAAGUAGCGCUAGUAAGCAAGAAUUGGAGGAUGCAUUUUCCUAUUAUGGAUCUUUACAAAAUGUCUGGGUUGCCAGAAAUCCUCCUGGAUUUGCCUUUGUCGAAUUUGAGGAUCCUAGAGACGCAGAGGAUGCAGUGAGAGGACUGGACGGUCGUACUUUAUGCGGAAGACGCGUUCGUGUAGAAUUGUCGAACGGAAAGAAAUUGAGAGAUAGAGGCUCCUUCAGGAGAGGCAGUGGAAGACCCUUUCAUCCGGAAGAUAAAUGUUAUGAAUGUGGUGAAAGGGGCCACUACGCUAGAGAUUGUCAUCGUCACAGGAUUUCUCGUAGAAGAAGGAGUUGCGGCUGAACAUGCGGCACACGCAUGAGAAAUGUGUGUUGCCGCCCGACAUUGUCGCGCGAGAUUCGCCUUGGGUUCACAUGUUCGUGACACACACAUCGCGCGUCGUAGUUACAGCGUAGAGCACCCCACCUACUUUGGGUUUCCCUCUGCACAUCUCUGCGAGCGAGAAAGCGCGGCAAAAUCAUGGGGGCCGGACACGUGUGGCGGCUACUAGUUCUGCGCACUACUACGAUACCGAUCCGGUGACCACUGACCAUCACUGAUCUAGAUCGAGAGUUUACGCACGUCGACGUUCUUCGUUCAGCUAUCUGUGAUUUCUGCCUAGUCGUCGUUGUCGUCGUCGUCAUCAUUGAUCAUCAUCGUCGUCGUCGUCGUCAUCAUUGUCAUCAUCAUCGUCGUCAUCGUCGUUGUCAUCGUCGUCGUCCUCGUAAUGAUACCUAAUGACCGCUGAGAGACAAACUUUCAGUGUUUCCAUCUCUAGCCACUCUUCAUCUCCGUUCAUCUCCGAACCUCUCGUGAUUUCAUCUGCAUAAAAGCGCUUGUCCGCUCUCCUUUCCCGGCAUAGCCAUCGCAAUCUACGAUUAUCUGCUAUAAGUACAGCCCGGGGAACAGGAUGGUACAUAAGUAGAACCAGUCAAGUAUAUAUUCUACACAUGGAUUAAUGUAUACAGUGAUGCAGAGUGAAGUUUUAAAGCGCGUAAUGAAGAAAUCUGUGUUACAUUAUUAUGGAUAAGCUUGCACGAUUAAAAUUAGUUGCAUACAUUUAUGGAAAUGGUUGGGCAGAGAGUUAUUCAACAAAGAUUGAGCAGAAAUUUCGUCGAUAUAUUUUAAAGACUAGAUCCUGAUAAGUAAAACUGACAGUUUUUAUAUAUUAGAGCUCGGAUAAUUUUACUAUUUGUUAUAUAUACACUAAUGUGUAUCUUUAUUUAAAAAAAAAAACUUGUGUGAUAUCGAGAUAUUUCAAUAUUUAUAAGAAUAUUUUUUAGACUUUUAUAUAUAUAUGUAGAUGCAUGUAUGUGUGUAUAUACAUAUUAAAGGUUUAACAGGAACAGAGAGAGAUUUUACCAUGUUGGCGAAAUCGGAAUGCGCGCAAUUAAUAGUUUUGGAGAUAGUACAUGCUAUAUAAAAGUCUAAUCUCGAGUUCUAAAGACAGUAGUAAAAUUACCAUAUUUUAUGUUUCAUGCUAGUGUUUUGUAAUAGUAGGAUAGGCAAAGAUAUACGCGCACAUUGGUCAUUUUACUCAAACAUUUAUUCAUCGUGGCUUUUACUUUAGGUGUUCCCGCUCGCGAUCAAGAUCACGAUCGCGCUCGCACUCACGUUCCCGCUCGAGAUCCCGUAGUAAUCGUUCGCGCUCGCGUUCAUCACGGCGCAGCCGAUCCCGGAGCAAGAGUGCCAGUGCCAGAGAUAAAUAUCGUAACAAGAAACGCAAGUCUGUUUCCAAAGAUCGAACCAAGUCAAAAUCUCGAUCGGGCUCUAGGUCGCGAAGCAGGUAAACGAUGGAGAUAUGAUUUAAAAUCGACGCGCUUUCGACGGACUCUCCCUUUGAUUUAAUUGGAAAGCUGCGAUAUAUAUUUCUUUAAUUUAUAUCACACACACAUUUAGCGCAUACAGAAGUUACCUGUUUUCGGAAUAUGGAUAUAUAAAUGACUGAAAGAUUAUUUUGUACACAAGAAAGAAGGCACAUAUUACUAUAUUGUUCCUACUGCGGUUUUCUUCGCUCUGUGUUCAUCGCUCGUUUUUAAGUUUCUUGUAAACCAGUGUUCAAUAAAGGGGUAACUUUUCAGACAUG